GCUUGUCUUUAUCUUCCCAACACAUAUUCCACUUCCCCAUUCAAUCAAUAGUUCUGUAAUGGAUCAUUCUCUUCACUUCCUCAUGGGGUCGACCAGCAAGGUGUUCUUCUCGAGCUCUGUCCUGGUUCUGUUAUUGCUGUCCCUCUGUUUGGCUCUAGCAAGGGUCGUGUACAAGCUAUGGUUGAACCCGAUCCGAAUACAGAGGAUGAUGGCAGCUCAGGGAAUAAAGGGUCCUUCCUACAGGUUCCUCCAUGGAAACACCAAGGAGAUCCUUACGAUGAGAAAGGAAGCCAUGGAGAGGCCCAUGGCCAGCCACCUCUCUCAUGACAUACUUCCUAGGCUUCAGCCCAACAUCCAUACUUGGGUCGACACUUACGGGCCGAACUACCUGUACUGGUUUGGUCCUCAGCCUCAACUGGUUGUCACAGAGCCUGAGAUGAUCAAAGAGGUUCUAAACAACAAAGAUAAGAACUACCGAAAGAUCAAAAUCCGGGGCUUUGUAAAGAUGCUCCUGGGUGAUGGCCUCGUGACUUCGGCAGGAGAAAAAUGGGUGAAACAACGGAAGCUGGCCAAUCAUGCCUUCCAUGGUGAAAGCUUAAAAAGUUCGUUUCCAGCAGUGGUGGACAGCGUUCAUAUGAUGCUCGAGAAAUGGAAAGAUCAUGAAGGCAAAGAAAUCGAGUUCUUCGAAGAGUUCAUAUUCUUGACAUCAGAGGUCAUCUCGAGAACGGCAUUCGGGAGCAGCUACGUCGAGGGCAGAAAUAUUUUUGAGAUGUUGAGAGGGCUGGCUGUAUUAACAUCCAGAAAUGCUUUCAAACUGAGGCUUCCUGGCAUAAGUAAGAUUUGGAAAACAGCAGAUGAAAUCGAGGGAGAGAAGCUUGAGAAAGGAAUACGCGAUGCUAUAUUACGGAUAAUCAAGAAGAGAGAGGAAAAGAUUGCUUAUGGGGAGUUAGAUGGGUACGGGAAUGACUUCCUAGGUUUACUCAUGCAGGCUUUUCUUGAAGAGGACAGGAAAAAGAGAAUCACAAUUGAUGACGUGGUGGAUGAAUGCAAGACGUUUUAUGUAGCCGGACAAGAAACAACAAACACUAUGCUCACAUGGACGCUCUUCCUCCUUGCGGUUUAUACUGAUUGGCAAGAAGAGGCAAGGAAGGAGGUUCUCUAUGUGUUUGGCCAGCGAGAUCCAUAUCAUGAUGGCAUCACGAAAUUGAAGACAAUGACCAUGAUCAUCAAUGAGUCACUACGACUGUACACUCCAGUGAUUUCACUGACCCGAGAAGUUAGCAGGCAAGAUAGGCUCGGGAAGCUCGUCGUUCCUGCCAACAUGCAUAUUUUAGUAGCAAACCUCAAGGUCCAUCAUGACCCUCAAAUAUGGGGAGAAGAUGCUCAUCUCUUUAAGCCCGAGAGGUUCUCAGAGGGUGUUGCUAAAGCCACCAACAAUAAUCCAGCCGUCUUCCUGCCAUUCGGGAUGGGGCCUCGGAACUGUGUAGGCAUGAACUUUGCAAUCACUGAAGCGAAAAUUGCCAUUUCCAUGAUUCUCCAGCGUUAUAGCUUCACACUGUCCCCGGCCUAUGUUCACUCGCCGACUCAGAUCCUAACAACUCGUCCGCAGCAUGGAGUUCACGUGAUUCUUCACCCUCUUCAUAAGGAAGAAUAGCAAGUUUCGCUGCUACUCUCUCUUCUUUAUAUAAAUCAGUUUUUAGAGCCGUAAAGAUUGUAAAAUAAAAGCUUUAAUUGGUGGGAGAGUGAAAAUGGUGUAUCAAACUUCGUUUAUAAUAUAGAAGAAGGUGAAAUAAUCACAAGUAAGUAAGAUGGUGCAUUGGACGGCUAUUUUGAUUAUAUCUGAUAUUGCGCCUUCGGUUUUAGGAUCUCAUGUACUUGAGUGAGAUAUUUGAUCAAAUUCCAUUUUGUUGUUAGUC